AUGGUGGUGGGUUUUUGUUUUGGCUGAGGUUGGAAGCGGGGUGUGGAAGAGUAUGAGCUUGGUGGGGAGGAAGUACACGUGUUGUUCACUUAAGUGGGUGGGGAUGAAGGUGGGUAAGUUAGGGUGGGGAGCAAAUUUGCUCCCUAUCCAUGGCUGGGACUGGAAUGCUUAAAUCAUCUCCUACAAAGUUUUUCAAGGUUUUGAUGCCUGGCUUCCGCAAGAAACUUGGUAUUCCAGUAGCUUUCUGACUCAAUGAAAAUAAAAUGGAUGCAGCGAUGAUACAAAGCUGCCAGGGAUCUUGGGAUGUUAAAGUUGGUAAGAGUGGUAAUGGACAACUUUAUUUCAAAGAAGGUUGGCUAAAAUUCGUGAACCAUCAUAGCCUGAGAGUUGGAGAGUUUCUUGUAUUUGAACACAAAGGGAAUAUGGUAUUUAAUGUGGUAUCUUAUGGUUUAAGUGCUUGUGAGAAAGAGUAUCAUUUCCCUUCUGAUUCGAUGGUAAACGGUAGGAUGACAACACCUCAUGAAACACAAAGGGUUAAGCGUCCUCGCGAUGACAAUUUGGAAGGAACUCAUUUCUUCCGGACAAUUAUGAAGCCAUCCCAUCGUGAUAAACGUAACCCUUAUAUGAAUAUCCCUCCUUCAUUUGUUGAAGCGAAUGGAAUUGCUCACAAAUCCAGCAUGACUCUGAUAGAUCCUUCAAGACAUCAUUGGAAGGUGGACCUUAAACAUUGGAAAGAAAAGAAACGGCAGCGCGUGACAAUGGCGAGGGGGUGGACUGAGUUUUACAGAGCCAACAAGCUGAAUGACAGAGAUGUCUGCAUAUUUGAGCUCCAUCAGAAAACAGCAGUCUCUAAGAAUGUUGUUGUUAAUGUCAAGAUUUGUUGCCAUUGAUCAUAUUAACUGUAUUGGCAAUGUUUCAUGGUUUUUGGUUUGGUUUUGGACAAUAUCAUCUAGCUUGUAGAAGGUAACUUUAUGGUUU